GGCUGACCCGCUCUCUCUCUGCUCGUUGCAGGGGCGGGCUCGGCCGCGAUGCCGCUGUGGGAUUUCCAGGGCAGCACCAUGGUCACCAGCCAGUACGUCCGCCUGACGCCCGAUGAGCGCAGCCGGGAGGGCUCCAUCUGGAACCGUGUGCCCUGCUUCCUCAAAGACUGGGAGCUCCACGUCCACUUCAAGAUCCAUGGAGCCGGCAAGAAGAACCUGCACGGGGAUGGCCUGGCCCUGUGGUACACGCAGGAGCGCCUGGUGCCAGGUCCUGUCUUUGGCAGCAAGGACAACUUUCACGGGCUGGCUAUCUUCCUUGAUACAUAUCCCAACGAUGAAGCGACAGAGCGCGUGUUCCCCUAUAUCUCUGCCAUGGUGAACAAUGGCUCCCUGACGUAUGACCACAGUAAGGAUGGGCGCUGGACAGAGCUGGCAGGGUGCACCGCCGACCUUCGGAACCAGAACCAUGACACUUUCCUGGCAAUUCGGUACUCCCGAGGCCGCCUGACGGUGAUGACUGAUGUGGAAGACAAGAAUGAAUGGAAGAACUGCAUUGACAUUGCAGGGGUGCAGCUGCCAACCGGCUACUUCUUUGGUGCUUCUGCUGGCACUGGAGAUUUGUCUGACAAUCACGACAUUAUCUCGAUGAAGCUGUUCCAGCUCAUGGUGGAGCACCCUCUAGAAGAUGAGACUGUUGACUGGACCAAGAUUGAGCCUAGUGUCAGCCUCCUUAAAUCACCCAAAGACAAUGUGGAUGACCCGACGGGGAAUUUCCGAAGUGGGCCUCUGACAGGCUGGAAGGUGUUCCUGCUCCUGCUCUGUGCACUGCUGGGCAUCAUCGUCUGCGCUGUGGUGGGAGCUGUGGUCUUCCAGAAACGCCAGGAGCGGAACAAGCGUUUCUACUAGCGGAGGACAUGGGCCGUGACCUGUGCCCAAACCCAUCUUUUCUAUGGGGAGCUGUAAAAACUGUGGUUUCUAAAAGCUGUUUCCGAGAAAUAUCAGAAGUAUUUUCUUACCUGUCUGUCUGGCUGUAACCCCUGCCUGGCCUCCGGCAGGUUGGACUGAGGGGGUGAUGCCCCCUGGGUCUCCAGGGCUGCACUGGGGGAGCCUGGAGGUCGCUCUCCCCACACCUUGCCCCCAAGCUGGGACCUGC